AUGAUUUCAACAAAUAUUUCUAAAUUCUUUUUUAGCAGAUAAGCUACUGUUAAGCAUUUGACUAAAUAUGAAGCUAUUCCUCACUAUAUGAAAUAAACUUUGAGAGAUCCUCAUGAAUAUAAAUUAAGAUCUAUGUAGCAAAUUAAAGAUGAUUUAAAAGAUACUGAUGGAAAAUUUGUUGCCAGAAUUGACAUUUUUUAUAAGGAUUAUAACGAUGCCAAAUUCCAUGAAUCAGCAAUGAAUAAAAAAGUUAAAAUGAAUGUUCAUUUGAAAAAUUGGAAGCUCACUCAUUCUCAAAAAGAUAGACUUUCUCUUUUACUUGGAAACAGAUUUAUGUGUAAUGACUAUUUUACUCUCAUUUGCGAUUAAUACACUGAACCAGAACUUAACUUCGAAAAGCUUGUCUAAUAAGUUUAAGAAUUGUAUCUUGAAUGUAAGAGAGCUCCAUGA